GUUUAACGUUUCAGUGGACCUGAGAGACAGAGCUUAACCUGGCUUUUUUUUUUUUAGCAGUACCUUUAGGGCUAGCAAUACCUGCCGUCAGUAAACUUUAGUGGUACACUUGCUUAAUCCAAACGAUAACACGUCAGUGUGUUUACAACACGGUCUCCGGAAGCUGAGGAACUUGAAUCUGUGUGCAGACAUAGUUGAUGCUAACAAGCAGGGCUAGCUUACGGUCUGACAAAAAACUCAAACUGACGUCGCUGAAGGUUUGAAGACUGAAGUGCGUUUAGGGGGACUAAAGAGUUGGACAAGUUUAUCAAGCAAAGUCGAUUGACGUUUAAAAAGCUGAAGCCGAGGUCACACAACCUAUUGACGUGGAACUAACCGGUGCUAACCUUCUCAUUGAGCAUAUUUCGAGGUGAAUUUGAGUUAUUUAAAAGCAACCGUGGCUGCAAAGGUUGCCAGGUUAGAGCAAAGACAUGUAGACGAGAAGCCUGGCUUACAAAUGCUGUCAUUUCAUUAAGAGCAUUGUAAGUAAUGAAAAGAGGUAUCACUCAGUGUCUCUGUUGAACUACUCAAACACACCCACAGGUGUGUCUAUGGCUUAAAGACGUCAUUUUGCCUAGGCCUGAUAAUCGUAACAAGUAUUACAACUUUAUAACUGAACUGGCAGUACAUGCAUGCUUUUCCAGUAAGCUCACAGAGCUGCCUGGCCAACGUCAGCGAGAGGAGCUGAGAACUGUUUGUUGAACUGAGUGUCUUUUUAUUUGAAUUCAACUCAUAAAAAAGCAUGACAGCUGUGGUAGGCCGAGCAUGGGGGUGGGUGCGCUCGUGGGGCAGUGCUUGGUCAGAGAAUACCACGACAGCGAUGACCAAUGGCCAGAAUCACGGCUUCAGCAGACAGGGCACGGGGGGGUGGACCUCUUGGAUCUGGGGAGGGUGGAAAGGUCAAAGUUACCAAAGUAGUCCAGCAGAGGAGUACUGGGAGGCGCAGGAGAAGCUUCAGCCCAUGGCAAUAAAAGUCCUAAGUGCUGGGAAACAGGAGAUAGGUGCAAAUUCAGAGCAAGUUUCUAGAUGGUGGAAUAAAUAUCUCCCAACUUCUUACCUUUCGUGGCCAAGAAAAACAGAACCAAGUGGAUUAAGACGAAGGAAACGUGAUGGUCGGAGUGAAGAUGUGUGUGACUUUGAUGAUGGGGACUUUUCUGACUACGGAACGCCUCCUCCGUCUCCUAUGCCUCCUUCCUCUGAGCUGCCAUCUCCGUUCCGACUCUUUGCACACAGCUGGAAGGUGGAAAUCCUUCCAGAGCACUACGAGAUCUGUUUCAACUUCCUCCGCCACUUGUUUGAUCUGUUUGUCGUUGGUUUUCUGUGGACUGUGUCCCCCCCUGCCAAGCUGAUCCUGGAGGUGUUGGGGGUCCAAGGAGGGCUGAGGCUGUGGUUCCACGGUAUGGCCAUGUUUUUUGUCUCCACAGUUGGAAUGGCAGGAUUACUCUGGUUGAUCCAGGAGUAUCUCCCUCAGUUUGCUUUGAUCUAUGGCAUCAUCCAGGCAUUGGUGAUCUCUGUCAGUGUUCGUCAGAGUGUGAUCCUUGGUGUAGAGGAAGAAAAAGAAGACUAUGAUGAGGAGGGCAAGGAGAACGAAGACAUGAAAGACAAUAGAGAACCUGAAGAAAAGCUUGUGUCUGUUAAGGACAAGGUGAAGACAAGCUGAAUUUAAGACGCUGAGAAGACGCAGUAUUCCGGAGUCCUCCGACAUCAGUCCAGCUGUAUCAGACCUCCUGCAGCGGGACUGUUUCACUGCACCUCCGUGUUCUACAGGGUCACUUAACAAAUGUAUCGCACCUUCAUCACAAGCUCAUAGAAGUUUUACUCGUGUCACUUUAUGUUCAACACUAUUGAUCUGUCCUCAAUCUGAAUGUUGUCAGCAGGACGUUAACAUGGAUCGCAGUACUAAGUUUAGUAUCAGACAGUAAACUACUAUUAUAAUGGUGGUAAGUAAUAAAAGGAGCCAUGACUGUUCCAAAAAGAGAAAGAUUCGCUCUGUUGCUUUUUAUUGUCACGUUCAACCUUUGUUCCUCUUUAAGCAGCAGAUUCACACGUUGAGGAUUGAAACAUUGCACCAUAUUUGGAAAUCGAGAAGCACUUAUUCCAGCCCGGGAUCAUCACCUAGUUUUGUACAAUAUUACACUUCCGGUUCACAAACUGCGGUACCGUUUGUUUACAGUCUGAUCAUGCUGGGUAAUGUUUGUGUGUUACUCACAUCACAUCUGUGACAUCAUGUCUCAUUUGUUGAACAGAAGGCUAAUGUACUGGAGCAAAAGUCUGGAUGAGCUAGGAGUAACCAGCCCUGACAACUGAUUUACCCAUUUACAUACACACACACACACACACACACACACACACACAAUGCAGAAUAUACCCUAUUGAAGCCAUAAAAUCUGCUUAAUCCGCUUUGACCACAAAGUUUGUUUCUUCAAAAUAAAAAUGUGUAUUUUGACAUUGAGAACUUAAUGAAUGAAAUGCUAUGGUUGGUUCGAUGUUUUUUUUUCUUCUUGGAACAAGCGUCUAUUGCUGUUGAGGAUGUGGUUUCAGCACUCAGCUGUGAUAGUUGCUGCUGGUUCUCAACUAUAAAUUAAUAGAACGUUCAUCACUUCAGUUUAGUACUUGCUGACAAAUUGAAGUGAAGGAUUCUGUCUGACCUGUUACAGAGGCAUACAGUACUUGGAGUAUUUUAAAUAACAUGAACUCAUUGAGAACAUGGCACUAUGAUUGUUGCGGAGGAGGAAGUAUCCGUUAAGAGAUUAUAAGUGACACAUGACACCAGCAGCACAUUUUAAUGUGCUCUUUGCACAAUAGUUUUUCUACUUCAUGUCUAUUUUCUCUCCUUUGAUAUUGCUUGUUUCAAUCCUAUAUUUCUCCACAAGUAUGCAUUUUUAUGGGCUUUAUCUUCCUUACCAUGCUUUAGAUGUAAAGGUACAAAAAUGAUAUGUUGGUUUUAGUUCACAAUAGCAUGUAUUGCAUUCAACAUUCCUGUUGUAUUUGACCACAUUUGACUUGCAUCAGACAUUCUCUGUAUAGCAUGUGCCUCUGGUCCAUUUAAAAAAAAAUAUGGAUAAGUUUGCAUACCUUUCUUACAGCCUGUUAGAUGUCAAAGCCUGUGGCUGAUAAUAUUGUAAUUAAAUUAUCGUAUCGAGAUGUAAUUGUCCAACUGUGUGCACAUGAUGUAUGACCAAAUUAGAAUAUAAAUGUUAAAAUCCUAUAUUUAUGAAAAGGCUGAACUGCUACCAAAAUGGAAAAGUAAAAAACCUAAUUUUCAUUGUACUCCUAAGCAGAACACUCCAAUAUGACAUGGAACUAAAUGUCAAAUUGUCUUGUCAUUUAAGUUUUCAAAUUGGCAGAACAAUUUUCAACCUAAACAUGAAAAUGAAACUGCAAACUUAACUUUAAAAUUUAGGGCUGGAAUAAUCGAUUAGCCGAUGGAUAGAAGAGUUAUCUGCAGCUAUUUUGAUAAUCGAUUGCUUUUGAAACUGAAACUCUAAUGUGGCUGUCCAAUCACUGCUGAUGGGAAAUGUAGUCCCCUAAGAAAGAGAAGUUCCACACAAUUGCUUUAUUGAUCGGGAAAGCUGAUCUCUCUGCCUGCAGAGCUAUGCUGGCUGUGCCUACAUGUUCCAGGAUGCCUUGAGCAGCAAUUUCACUACAUCUGAUACAUAAACAAAAUAAAUUCACAAAACGUCAGUAAAGGAAAUAUGCUUGCAAAUUAACAGAAAAAUACAAUUGUUCAUCCUAUGAAUUCAAGUUUCUCUUUCACACUGAUCUAAAACGAGCUUAACCUUGUUAGUUCAUUCUAAAACAUGAUUCAUUUAAACUGGAUGGAAACAAAAUAAAACUUUCUUUCUAUAUAACCAACUCGAAUAUGAAGAGAUAAAGUAGAAAAUCAGCAGAUCUGGAAAGACUUACUCGUUCCAAUAUCUCAGUUGUCAGUUUUUCUGCAUUGUUAGUACAGCAAAACAGGUCAUUUUAAGAUGACAUUUUGGCUUUACGAAAUUAUGAUGGCCAUUUUUUUUUUUUUUUUUUUCAAAUUUACAGAAGAAAAUAAUUGGCAGAUUAAUAAUAAUAAUAAUAAUUAAGCCUUUAUUAGUCCCACAAUUGGGAAAUUAUUUCUCUGCAUUUAACCCAUCCCGGAGGAGCAGUGGGCUGCAAUGAAGCGCCCGGGGAGCAACUUGGGGUUAGGUGUCUUGCUCAAGGACACCUCGGCAUGUUGCCGGUAGAGGGGUUUGAACCACCAACCUUGUGGUUACGGGACAAGCGCUCUACCUCAUGUGCCACAGCUGCCCCACUAUAUAAUCAAUAUGAUUAUAUUGCAGCCAUUUACUUUAAUUUAAAUGUUUUUUUUGAUUUAUAUUGUUACAAAUGAAAAAUAAAUGUAAAUACCCUUUUCUGAAUACUUUUGUUAUUAUGGCUGUCUUAUGUUAAAGAGCGUAUUGGCGCAGUAGUUUUUAUUUUAUUUUUUAUCUAUAAUAGUAUUGAUUUAUUUUUCAGACAAUGAAAUUGUAUUUGUAUUUGUAAUUUUAAUGUUUUCAUUUGUGCACACAAAUGUAAAACUAAAUUUGACCAAAUGUCCAUGAACAACUUCAGUCCCAAGAAGGUGACAAUGCUUUUAUUCAUUGUUUUUAUGGGAGUUAAUUGCAGUGAAAUUUCCACUGGAGCUAAAGAACGUCUGUCAUGCUUCCUGAAACAAGGAGGGACCUCACUGAUACCUGUGGUGUCGUCUCACCUGGAGGAAGAAUCUGCUGUGAACCAUUACUGUACAUCUCAUUUAGAGACCCUACACCAUGGUUAGAUCCC